AUGGCAUCUCUUCCAGCAUCCACGCGCUCAUCGCUCUUCUCACUUCGACCGUUGAUGUCCUCAGUAAGACCAACUUGGUCCCUCCCAUGCAUCGCUUCUUCUUCUUCUUCUUCCUCAAUAUCAGCAAUCUCACCUGUCGCUCCCCUCACUUCAACUGCAUCUGGAUGGACAUCCAUCUUCCCUUCUUUCUCACUCGAAUCAAUACUCGAAUUGAUCCCACCGAUCGUAUGGGCAAGUGUACCUAAAAAGAAAACUUCACAUAGUAGGAAGAGUAUGCGAGCAGCGAAUAAAGGGUUAAAGAACAGGACUAAUUUGUCACUUUGUGAAGCUUGUGGGUCGAUCAAAUUGACUCAUCACAUAUGCCCUAAUUGCUAUUCUCAAAUAUCACGAAGGUGGAAGAGAGAAGCAAGAGGUGAAAUACCUGCAGGAACACUUAGAGAACCGGUCAGCGAGCAAAGGGCUGAACCAUAG